CAACUCCACCUUCAACUUCUCCUCCUCUCCCUCUCUAUCUCACGCUUUCUCUCUCAAAAAAUAUCAAUACAUAUAACACUUUCUCUCUCUAAAAAUUAGUUUCCUCUUCCUACAAUGGCAGUGGAUUCUGCUCUAUCAUCGCCACUGGGUCCUCCGGCAUGUGAGAAGGACGCGAAGGCGCUUCAGUUCAUCGAAGAAAUGACGAGAAACGCCGACUCAGUUCAAGAGAACGUGUUGGCGGAGAUACUGAGUCGGAACGCCCAGACCGAGUACCUCCAGCGAUUCCAACUCGGCGGGUCCACCGAUCGUGACACCUUCAAAUCCAAACUCCCCAUGAUUACCUACGAAGAUCUUCAACCCGAAAUUCAACGCAUCGCCAAUGGUGAUCGCACACCAAUCUUGUCAGCUCAUCCCAUCUCUGAAUUCUUAACUAGUUCUGGGACUUCAGCUGGUGAGAGAAAACUCAUGCCCACCAUCAAGGAAGAGUUGAAUCGUCGUCAGUUACUAUAUAGCCUUCUCAUGCCUGUAAUGAACCUCUAUGUACCGGGUUUGGAUAAAGGCAAAGGACUAUACUUCUUGUUUGUGAAGUCUGAAUCAAAGACACCGGGUGGGCUUUUGGCCCGACCCGUUCUCACCAGCUACUACAACAGUGACCACUUCAAGACCCGACCGUUCGACCCGUACAUGGUCUACACGAGUCCGAAUGAGGCAAUUCUCUGCCCCGACUCAUUCCAAAGCAUGUACACUCAGAUGCUAUGCGGUCUUUUGGAGCGCAAACAAGUCCUUCGGCUCGGUGCUGUGUUUGCCUCCGGGCUUCUCCGAGCCAUCCGGUUCCUCCAACUCAACUGGGCAGAGCUCACUCAUGACAUCCGAACCGGAACAUUGAACCCGAAGGUCACCAAGCCUACACUCCGGGAGUAUAUGGGUCAGAUCUUAAAACCCGACCCGGAACUCGCGGAGCUUGUCUCUGGAGAAUGCUCGGCGGACAAUUGGGACGGAAUUAUCCCCAGAAUUUGGCCUAACACGAAGUAUCUCGACGUGAUUGUCACCGGUGCAAUGGCCCAAUACAUUCCGACCCUCGAUUACUACAGUGGCGGGUUGCCCCUAGCUUGCACCAUGUACGCGUCAUCGGAAUGUUAUUUCGGAAUCAAUCUCAACCCGAUGUGCAAGCCUUCAGAAGUCUCAUAUACCAUCAUGCCAAACAUGGCAUACUUUGAGUUUCUCCCCCACGAGCCCAACUCGUCCGGGUUGACUCGUGACUCACCACCCAAACUCGUAGACAUGGUCGACGUGGAAGUCGGGAAAGAAUACGAGCUCGUGAUCACCACCUACGCCGGACUGUACCGAUACCGAGUCGGCGACAUCCUCCGAGUCACCGGGUUCCACAACUCAGCCCCGCAGUUCCACUUCGUGAGAAGAAAGAACGUGCUACUCAGCAUUGACUCGGACAAGACGGACGAGUCCGAGUUACAAAACGCGAUCGCCAACGCGUCCAAACUCCUACGUGAGUUCAACACCAGUGUGGUGGAGUACACGAGUUUUGCUGACACAAAGACGAUUCCGGGUCACUACGUGAUUUACUGGGAGUUGUUAGUGAAGGACUCGGCCAACUCGCCGAGUGAGAAGGUGCUGAAUCAGUGUUGUCUAGCAAUGGAAGAAUCGCUGAACUCAGUGUAUCGACAAGGCCGAGUCUCGGAUAACUCGAUUGGGCCUCUGGAGAUACGUGUGGUGAAGAGUGGAACCUUUGAGGAGCUUAUGGAUUAUGCAAUCUCGCGAGGGGCGUCUAUCAAUCAGUAUAAGGUGCCGAGGUGUGUUAACUUUACACCAAUCAUGGAGCUUCUUGAUUCAAGGGUGGUCUCGGCGCAUUUCAGCCCAUCAUUGCCACAUUGGACACCAGAACGACGUCGGUGACUAGUUAGGGACCGACCAUGCAAGUCAAUGAAAAAGUUUCUAUUCCUUGGUUUUUAUUUCUUCUUUCCUUUUCUUUUUUCUCCUUUGUGAUUACGUUUUUAAUUAAUUGUACUUAAAUUAGGAGUAAAAGCAGGGUUUGUAUGAUUCAAGUAAUCAACCAGUCAAUGGAUGUAGCAUUUCUGACGCA